AUGGCGAAGACUAUUAAAGUUGUCAGGAAAAAGGAUCCCAAAAAAAAAAACCAGUCGGAUCCUUUGGCAAGACAAAAACUUGUUUGGAAAAUUGGACAUGCUUUGACUUUGGUUUUUGGUUUACUAUUUUCCAUUACGUACUUCUACCAUGUCUUAAUCUUCUUCAAAUACCGUUCCUGGAAGUGGCUGUUUUUAAGGGUCAACAGAAACUACUCAUUUAUUCAAAGUAAGAGGUGGUACAUGAAAUUGUUAAGUUGGAGUCCGCAAAUAAUGUACCGUUUGUCGUUAAUUGGUGUAUUUAUGUCCGAGUCCGUUACAAUGCAACAAAACUGGGUCGGACUUAACCCUACGUGGAAUGACCUUCUUUCUUCUGAGAACUUUCAUACACUUUUGAUUGCUUGUUUGUGGUUCUUCGGUGGUGGCAAGUCGUUUUACAAAAUUUUGCCCUACAUGAUUUUAAGUUAUCUACACUUAACAAAAAUGAACUAUGAAUUGAAUGCUAACAAAGAAGAAAAGAUUUCUACAACAUCUAAAGACAGGAAAUUGUUACAUUUACUUGCCUACUCCGAAUUGCUUGUAAUACUAGCCUUAACUCUAGACACUAUGUUGUUUAAGACAGGAACAUCUGGAUUUAUGCUGGUUAUUUACGUUAGUAUUUACUGGUUGCGGUUGAACUUCUCACCAUAUGCACAGGUGACUGUUUUAGAGUUGCUUGUCAAGUUUGAAAAAUAUGUUCCUAAGAAGUAUAAAGACAAAUGGCAAGUUAUAAAGAAUUUCGUUUAUUUAAAAAUGAAAGAGCACGAAAAGAAGGCUGAAGAAGUUGCCAGAUAUGCGUAA